CAGAUGUACUGUGGACCUCAGCUUCUCAAAACAACCAAAGCAAGCUAAGUGGCGAGAGUAUACACUCUUGAUGGAAUCAGUGGCCACAAUGCUGGAAUUGUCGCCGGCGGCGGAAUGCGCAGGGAUGGGGAGAAGGAUAGAGCAUCCGCGCCACACGGGAGCAACACGAUCAAAACCCCUAAAACAUGGGGCAUCUCAGUGUGACUGUCUUGGCCCAGCAGCCAUCGAAAGUGGCGAUGCUGCCCACAAAGUCUGGAUUCGUGGCCAGGCGAUCGCUGUUGAUGGGCUCUCUCGCAAUGCUCCAAGUGGCGAACCCACGACGCGCAUUUGGGAGAAACGCGAGAGACAAUCGCGAUGAGGACCAAGAGUUUGAGAUAAGAACCAUGCAGCUGUUUGAGAGCACAACGCGCUCAGUCGUCGCGAUCCAAGAUUUGGACCUCUCGAGCAAUGUCGCAGCAGUGGACAUGGACGAUGGUGAGAUCCAAGGCAUUGGCUCCGGAUUUGUGUGGGAUCGAUUCGGCCACAUUGUGACAAAUUAUCACGUUAUCUCGAAGAUAGCUAAGGAUACGAGCGGCAAGAAACAGAUAAAGGUGGUAUUGCUGGCUUUGAAUGGAGACGUCGAUUCUUACAAUGCAGCUAUCAUCGGUCUCGAUCCUUCUCGUGAUCUCGCAGUUCUCAAGGUACAGGAAAAUCUUUUCCACUGGUUGUUUACAGUCUUCUUCUCUUGGGUGUUUCAGAUUGAAGUUCCAGAAUCCAGUGUGUUGCGUCCAGCAGUGAUAGGAAGCUCCAAAGAUCUUAGAGUCGGCCAAAAUUGCUACGCGAUAGGAAAUCCUUACGGAUACGAGCACACCCUCACUACUGGAGUAGUCAGUGGAUUGUGCAGACAAAUUCCUUCACCCUCUGGCAAACCGAUCUUCGGUGCCAUACAAACUGAUGCAUCGAUAAAUGCGGGGAACUCUGGAGGACCAUUGCUCGAUUCAUUCGGACGAGUCAUCGGUAUCAACACCGCAACCUUCACCCGGCGAGGCUCGGGAACGUCCUCCGGUGUGAAUUUCGCAGUGGCGAUCGAUCUGGUGAGGCAAGUCGUGCCCCAUUUGAUCGUGGAAGGCGCGGUGAGCUCUAGCAGAUCAGUGGAGCGAGGUGUUCUUGGGCCUCCCAGAUACCUCUCGCUUCCAUGAAAAAAAUCCAAGUUCCUAUAGACGCAAAACCCUAAGAACUAGGGUUUAGGGCU